AUGCCGCUCGUCACUAACCUCCAGAACCCACUCACCAAAUCCACUGCCUCCGAAACACCGGAACGUAAGGGCGGUGAAUCCCCUCCUCCCGAACGUCAGUCUUCAAAGCAAUUGGGUGCCUCCAGCUCAGGCCAAACAUCGACAACCGACCAAAGAGCUGAAAACCAAGAAACCCUCAGAAGACUUCCUAGCAAUCCUAUAGCCCCCAUGGACCCAACUGCCGAUUUGAAGACUAGGAAGCCAAGCAAGAUGCUUGAUGGAUUGUAA